GCUACGGCCACUCUCCAGUCUCCACACCUGCCGGCGACCACCGCGCGCAUCGCAAGGCACAGAGGGCCUCCGUUGCCGACGUCCGCCAUGGCACGGCGCGCGCCGCCGUUCGUCCUCCUCGUAGCCGCCGCCGCGGCGGCGCUCGUCGUCGUCCCUGCGACGGCCGCCACCGCCGAGGCGCUCGUCGCCCACUGGGGGAUGCGGGCGGCGCCGUGCCUGGAGGGCACGGUGGAGGAGGAAUGCGUGGCCGACGGGGAGGUCGGCGUCGUCGGGCUGAGGCGGUGGCAGCGGCGGCGGCGGCUGUUCCAGCUGAUGGACGACUACGGCGGCGGCUGGGCCGGGGCGGCGGCGGCGGCGCAGUACAUCAGCUACGCGGCGCUGAUGAGGAACUCGGUGCCGUGUUCCAUCCCCGGCGCGUCCUACUACAACUGCCGGCCGGGCGCCGACGCCAACCCCUACACCCGCGGCUGCUCCGCCAUCACCCAGUGCCGCGACUAGCUAGCCAGCUCGCCGGUGCACUGCACGCGCAUGCAGCUCGUGUGCCACUCCUCCACUCCUUCUUUGCCCUUGUUAGUUGUCGCCGAUCUCCGAGGGGAUCCUCUACCACAAUGUCACUAUACAGUUAUUCGUAUGUGGACCUCACCAUUUUAUUACUCUAUCUGUUAGUGUUUAUAAUGGUGGUGCUAUUAUGAUAGAUGAUAUAAAACCUGAUCUCCUGUAGCCACCUGAGCUCUUGUUCUAAUCUGGACCAUCUGGUCACUCUGCCUGUCUCGAUGUCCAUGAUCUUGAGAGGGUUUUUUUUAUCCUGCUUGAUUUAAUUUACAGCGCGUU